GCUGCCUGUGGCUGGCUACUUCGUCUAAAAAGAGGAAGGCACCCUUCUGGGUUUCAGGAGAAGCCAGGACGAAGAGCUGAGCUGAGAUGGGGAAGCUUUGCAGUCUCCUCAUCUUGUGCCUCUGGGGUUUUGCUGUGGGACAUGGGUGCAAUUAUUCAAGAACAACCCCUGAUUUUGGAGCAUUGUACCAUGUCAAAGGAAUCAUCAACCUCCCAUAUGCUGAAAUUGAAGAGCCUUUUGAGGCCUGGUACAACCUUACUGGAAACAAGAGUCGCAUUGAGUACUACAAUGGCCAGGUGAUAACGCUGCAGCUUGGAUGUGUGGAACCAUAUGGCACCAUGUUCAAAAUAACACCAGCGACUACAGAGACCGUGGUGAAUGCGGAAAAGUGCUUCCAGCUGAAUGGCACCAAAGACAACCAUGUGCAACCCCAGGAAGUCUUUCCUAACAUGAAACACUUCCAGGCUCUAAGAGAAGAGUACUAUAAAGGGCAGUACUGUACUGUCUGGCAGAAUAUUUCCUAUUGGGGCCACAAGAAGAAUAUCUACACCAUGUGGGUCACCAACACGAGCUGUGGCGUGUCACCUGUACACUAUGAGAUGAGAGGCUACAACACUUUGCUGGGGUCCCAUUAUGACAAAUAUGAAAUAGAUUACACUGACUUUUCCAACAGCUUCCCAGCUUCUGUCUUUGUCCUGAAAAAGAAUGAAACAAAAUUAUGUGACGAAUUACCAGGGGACUCUUCGGAGCACCACAUCAUGGCAAACCCCAUGGCUGAUUUCAUUGGAGGACAGGAGGAUCGGGCUCACCAACUAUUUCACCAUUAUAGAAAACGGUUUGGGAAGUCCUAUGAUGAUGAGAAGGAAAUGGAACACAGGAAGCACACCUUCACCCACAACAUGAGAUUUGUCCACUCAAAGAACCGAGCCAACCUCCCCUUCAAGCUGGCUCUGAACCACUUAGCUGACCUCACCCACGAUGAGUUGGCGGUGAUGAGAGGAAAGCUCAAGAGCACGAAACCUAACAAUGGCCUGCCUUUCCCCGAGGAGCAGUUUGUGGGUCUCAUUCUGCCAGAGAGCUUGGAUUGGCGGCUCUAUGGUGCCGUGACUCCAGUCAAAGACCAGGCGGUAUGUGGUUCUUGCUGGAGCUUUUCUAGUACCGGAGCACUGGAAGGGGCUCUAUUCCUCAAGACUGGUCAGCUCCUCCCUUUGUCUCAGCAAAUCCUCAUUGACUGCUCUUGGGGCUUUGGGAACUACGCCUGCGAUGGUGGCGAAGAAUGGCAAGCAUUUGAAUGGGUCCUGAAGCACGGUGGCAUUGCCAGCACAGAAUCCUAUGGGCCAUACAAAGGCCAAAACGGCUACUGUCACAGCAACAAGACUCACCUUGUCGGCAAACUCUCUGGUUAUGUGAACGUUACUUCUGGAAACAUAACAGCACUGAAGGCUGCGAUCUACAAGCAUGGCCCCGUGUCCGUCAGCAUCGAUGCCUCCCACAGAACCUUCUCCUUCUAUUCCAACGGUGUUUACUAUGAGCCCAAAUGUGGAAAUAAGAAAGGCGAGCUCGAUCAUGCCGUCUUGGCUGUGGGUUAUGGGGUCCUCCAAGGAGAACUUUACUGGCUUGUCAAGAAUUCCUGGUCCACUUACUGGGGGAACGACGGCUACAUCCUCAUGUCCAUGAAAGACAACAAUUGCGGCGUUGCUACGGAUGCCACAUACCCACUUAUGGCAUGAUUUUCCUUUCACCGAUUCAGAAUCCCUCACAUUUUUGACCUCCUAAUAUACUCACUCACGAUUGGAAUCAUAUCCUAUAAGACUGAAACAGACUCAGGGAAUUUUUAAAAAAUUGAA